CCACACCCCACACGGCCACACGCACAAACGUCGCAAAGAACCACGCGAACCGAACCCACGCACCACCACGGAAGAGAAGAGGAGGCGGCGAAAGACAAGAGAGAACGCAGCCGCCGCCGGGAGGAGAGCGCAGCGUGGGAGCGAGGAGCAGCAGCCGGCCGGCAGGCAAUGGGCAACAGCAUCGGCGGCCGGCGCAAGGGCGCCAAGGUGAUGCAGCUGGACGGCACCGCGUUCAGGGUGAAGCCGCCGGCGUACGCGGGCGCCGUGCUGCGCGACCACCCGGGCUUCCAGCUGCUCGAGUCGGAGCAGGUCAAGCUGCUCGGCGUCCGCGCGCGCCCGCUCGAGCACGACGCGCUGCUCCGCCCGGGCCGGCUCUACUUCCUCGUCGCGCUGCCCCGCCCCACCGUGCCCCCGCGCCGCGCCUGGUCCGGCGCGCUCCACGUCGGCGCGCGCGAGAGGCUCGAGUCGCUCAUGCUCACGCGCCGCUCCACCUCCGACCUCACCUUCCCGACCUCGGCCGGUGCCGGUACCGCGCCGCCCUCCCCGAUGUCUACCGCCUCCGAGGGCGGGCCGGUCCAGCUCAGGAUGCGCCUGCCCAAGGCGCAGGUCGCCAAGCUUAUGGGCGAGAGCCGGGACGCUGCCGAGGCGGCCGCGAAGAUCAUGCAGCUCUGCGCCGCCAACGGCGCUGUGACGCCGGAGCGGAGCCCGCGGUUCCUGCCGACGGCGGACUGGGGCACUGGUGGGCUCCCGCAGACGCCAGAGCGGAGCCCGCGGUUCGUGCCGACGCCGGACUGGGGCGGUGGCAGGUUCGCGCAAACCCCAGAGCGGAGUCCCAGGUUCGCCGCAACGCCCGAGUGGGGUGCCAGGUUCAUGAUGCAGACACCGGAGAGGGGCGUAGAGACGGCGAAGACGCCGGAUAGGUGGUCCGCUUUACCCCGCACGCCGGAGUAUGCAUCAGCGGACGUCAAGGCCAGCCGGAAGGAGAAGCGAACGCGGUUCGUGGCCUUGCCGGAUGAGAUCAUAGCAUGAUGACCUUUCGUCCACCUGAAGCGAGAGUGCUAAUUCUUGUCCAAGUAAUAGAUCGAUCGACCACAGGUUGCCGGAGCUGGAGACGAGAGGCCGCCGACGGUUUCCUGCCUCGCGCCUCGCUCCCUUCUUCUUCUUCUUCAUACGGCAUGGAGCGUCGUUUUCCUCUAUGUUUGUUUACCUUUAGCCUUAGCCUGCGAUUACAUUGCUGCGAGUUGUGGUGCUCUCUGUAGUUAGCUUAGGGGAGAUGUAUAUGGACCUCUACGUAUAAACUUAACAUAUGAUCCUGUGCAUGACGUUGGGGAUCGGACCCGCCCUGCGUUGCCGACGUCGUCGGGUCAUCUCCAACCUCGCUGCAUUCGGCUUUCGCAUGUCGCGUGCCGUCUGGUCAUGUCUUUUUUCUUUUCUUUUGUAAAUACAUACUUGGUUCAAGACGAAUAAUGGAUGUAAGUGAUUGUUUGAUUCGA